AUGCUGUCCAUACUAACCCUCCUCUUCCUCCCCUCCGCUCUAGCAUACAACAAUCACCCCUCCCAUUCUCUAGCUGACCUCCCUAUAACCCGCCGGGGCUCGACUCUCUACCUCGAUCAAAAAAAAUGGACCGCCUCCGGCGCAAAUGUAUACUGGCUCGGCCUGGAUGAAAACGUGAUCCCUCCUUCCGGCGAACCCUUCUACGCACCUUACAACGCGUCAUAUCCAACGAAAGGCCGCAUCACCGAAGUGAUGACUACGGUUAAUGUAAUGGGUGCAAGGACGAUCAGGAGUCAGACGAUGGGAGUGAGUGUGGGGAAUCCUUUGAGUGUGAUGCCGAAGCUGGGAGAGGUCAAUGAGAGAGCGUUUGAAAGUAUGGAUUGGGCAGUUUUUCAAGCUAGGAAGUAUGAUUUAAGGAUUUUUGCACCUCUCACUGACAACUAUGAUUAUUACCAUGGUGGAAAGUUUGUGUUUCUAAGGUGGAGGGGGAUUGACAUUGGCAGCAGUGGAAAUAUAGAUCCAAAAGUGCAAGCGUUCUACACCAACAGAACAAUUAUCGAUGACUUCAAAAACUACAUCAAGGUCAUCUUGACACAUAGAAACCAGUACACAAACUUGACUUAUGCUGAAGACCCCACGAUAUUUGCAUAUGAGACUGGAAAUGAACUCGGCGGUCCGACAUUCGGAGACAAAAAUGUCCCAGUGGAAUGGACGAAAGAGAUUACACAAUACGUCAAAGAACUUGCACCUACGAAGCUAGCCGUAGACGGAACGUACGGGAUUAACUCGGCCCAUUUGAGCAUAUCCAGCGUCGACAUCUUCUCCGACCAUUUCUAUCCGAUGGACGUUAGUAAGCUCUCGAAAGGAGUAGAAGCUGUCGGAACCGUAGACAAAGUUUACUUCGCGGCCGAGUAUGGAUGGACCCCUCAAUCUCAGAAGAUCUCAUCUAUGGACGAUUUCUUUACAUGGAUCGAGAACCAGCAGAACAAGAGCAGGCCGAUCAUCGCAGGAGACCACUUCUGGAGUCUUUUCAUGCAUAACGUUCCAGACUGCUCAGCCUUUGUCGAACACAAUGAUGGGUUCACGUUGCAAUAUGGCAACCCGAAAAAUCCAGCCAAUUACACAGAACAAAUUUCUAAGAUUCGACAGCAUCUGUUCCAAAUGCAGGGCCAGGUCGUCGGUGCGGCAUUACCUCCAGCGCCAUGUCCGGGGAAGCAAUGA